AUGGACUACCUUGUUAUUGGAGGUAAAAAUGCAAAUCCUUUGUUAUAUAACAUGGCAAAAAGAUCCAUGUCCGAAAUUGGCAAGAAAUAUUCACUACUCACAGAUUCAUGCACAGCCGUGGCAAUAUCUCAAGACAGCGAUUUUGCUGCAACUGGAUAUCCAGAUGGAACAAUUAUUCUUUGGAAUAUCCAGAAAAAUGGAGAUGGUAAUCCCUAUAAAUUAAUACACAAAUCAAAUAUUACCAACUUAGCCUUCAUUUGCGAUCAUAAAAGAUUAAUUAUUGCUGACUUUUCAGGUGUUAUCACUCUUCUAUCUUUAGUUCAAUCUCCAUCUUGCGAACUUGUACUGCAAACAACAAUUAUUAAUCUCAAAAACCAAAUUAAAUCUUUCGUUUCGUUAGAUCCAAAUCAUGUUGCAUUCUUAAGCAGCGACAUGUUCUCUUUCAUUAGUGUCGAUCGUAACAUUACUGUUCACGUUAGCAAAACAUUAAAUGCCGAUAGUAAUUAUAAUUCUUGCGCGAUCAUUACUGAAAAAUCGAAUAAAAGAUCGCUCAUGUGCAUAGAUAAUUCUCUUACAUUAAUGGAAGUCAAGAAAGACAGCAGAGCUCAUGAUAUCUUAAAUAUCACUGCAGAAGCUAAAAUUGUUCAAUGUUUCUUCAUCUCAUACAGAAAAUUCAUAGUUAUUCUUGACAUUGGCAAGGCAAUUAUAUACAACGAUAAGAGCGAACAGUUAGAAAUUCUCGAAAACCUUCCAACAGUUGCAGAACCAAUGAAUAUCCAGAAAUACGGAAAUUCUUUGCUGUUCUUCCUCGAUAAUGCUAUCAUUCAGAAGAGAAUUCCAAAAGUUUAA